GACAUGUACACAGAUCAUCAGAGCACUGAUGAUCAGUGUGCCCUGAUGAUCUGUGUAGCCCCAGCAGUGCCACCUGUCAGUGACUAUCAGUGCCAGCUCUCAGUGCUCAUCCAUGCCACCUGCCAGUGCCCAUCAGUGCCACAUUUCAGUGCCUACCAGUGCACAUCAAUGCCACAUAUUAGUGCCCAUCUGAGCUGCCUGUCAGUGUCACCCAUCAGUGCCACCUAUCAAUGCCAGUCAGUGCCACCUAUCAGUGCUGCCAAUCAUCAGUGCCACCUAUCAGUGUGCAUCUGUGCCGCCUAUCAGUGCCCAUCAGUGCCAUCUAUC